AUGGAUUUUGAUUUGCUGUUGAUCAUAAAAGAGGAAGAGCCGCUUUCGCAGCACAGGCGAAUAAUCACUGAUGCCACUCGGUACUCAAUAUGCUGUUAUAAUAUUCGAAUCAUAAAUGAGAUCAAAGGGGAGCUGAUGCUGGAUAAGCCAUCCGAAGAUGAUGCUGAUGAAGCGAUAGCAGGUCAUUUAGUUAUAAACGGUUGUUAA